AUGGGUUUGUCCAUUGACUCCUCCAAUGAAUCCCAUCCUCGCACUCACAAGGUGUUCAUAUUAAGCAACUAUCUUCUUUUAGGUGCAGCUUCCAGUUGCAUUUUCUUGACUCUCUCUCUACGUCUCAUCCCAUCGCUUUGCGGGUUUUUCUUGAUCCUCCUCCACAUCAUCACCAUUGGAGGUGCCAUUUCCGGCUGCGCUGCAGCCAAUGCUGCCAGGGGUGCCACCAAGUGGUAUGGAGCUCACAUGGUGGCCACCGUCCUUACAGCGAUAUUUCAGGGAUCUGUGUCGGUGCUGAUCUUCACGAGGCCCUCGGAUUUUCUUGGAAAUCUUAAGUCCUAUGUGAGGCAAGAGGAUGGUGUGGUGAUCUUGAAAUUGGCUGGUGGAUUGUGCAUUCUGAUUUUCUUCCUAGAAUGGGUGGUUUUGACUCUUGCAUUCUUCUUGAAAUACUAUGCUUAUGUUGAGAGAGGGAAUCCUCAGGCUGUGAGGAGUGCAAAGGUUCAAAAUGAGGAGGAUUUAAAAUACUUGCCAUAUCCUUUUCAAGUCUAA